AUGGCUGCUUAUGCCUCCACGAGCGGCAUUGUGCCCGCGCAGCUGGGCUUCCUCGCCCUGUUCAAUCCUUCGCUGGGCCAGACGGAUGAAACGAUUGAAGAUCAGAUCGUUUACUACGCCUCUGUUUCCACGCAAAGCUCCAGCCGCCGACGGAGGCGCGCGCGCACGAGGCCGACAGAGGGCAUCUCUCAAGAGGAGCGUCACGAGCGGCUGCGGCAGAUUGGCCUGGCCCAGGGCGUGGUCAACUUCGGCCGCGGGUUCUCCGAUGGAGCUGCGGUAGACACUAUUGACACCGAGAAGUCGAGGGUCAUUGCGCAUGAGCUGGAGCCGGGAUGGUGGAUUCUUGCCAGCAUCGACUUGAAUAAAGUGCCUCUUCCUCCAAGACUACCCAUCAAGACUGGGGAACAACAGGAGGAGAGGUAUGAGUAUUCCAGUCGGGAGAUGAAGCCGGCGGCGUUGCUGCUGCGGGACCUGUUGCGUGCGCACAGUAUCUUUCUCCUGCACCAUGGAUCAUCACUGAGCGCCUUGUUUGUUCGAAAUCGCCGAGGCAAGUUUAUUGCGCUGCUCAGUCGCUACUGGGACCUGUUUCUAUCCACCUGGAACGUCAUGCUGCACGGAAACCCUGCAAGAGAUAUUUUUGGCGGCAUCAACCUUGCUGCGUCUGGCGAGCUUGGGGUAGGAGUUGGAGAAGAGGAUAGAGGAAGCGGCGAGAGAGAGGUGCUCGAAGGCUUGGUUAGUCGAGUGGAGGGUCUUGUUGAUCUGGUUGUCUCGAGGUUCGGGCCUGACGAUGUCGAACCGGAAUCGGGCAAGUCGAAUAAGACUGAGGCAGAGCCAUGGCUUGGUAGCGGCAAGGAGCCCGGAGCUGAAGACGGUGCCAUCUUUCUUGGGACGGGGGCGUUAUCACGAAAGUCGCUACGGGACGUGACGAACUGGAUGGAAGACCUUUAUACCUGGGGUGAGCAUGCAUAUGGUAUCAUAGAAAGUCCAACUUCAACACGGCGCGCUCGAGGCAAGAAGUCAUCUUCCAAGGCGGCGGUUCCCCAUGAUGUCCAGCGCCCAAAAGAUGAUGCAGUGUCCAAGGCAACGGAACACGCAGAAGAGGCCGGCCCAUCUACGAGUGAUGUACAAGAUGCUCAGCCAAAAGCAUCGGAAGACGAACAGAGUCGAGCAGCUCAAGAGCCUGAGGGUGGAAGACUUGACAAGAUGGUCAGCUAUCUCACGCUGGGUUACGGAUCAUACUGGUCUUUUCCCGGAGCAGGAGGCAAUUCGUCGGAAGCGGCCAAUCAACAACAAGCCGCCGCCGAUGGUGCACCGGAAUUGCCCUCUGCUAUGGCUUCUGGCCACUACCUAAUUGGCCUCAGAGGGAAUAUUGAAGACGAGGCGACGGCUGAGAAUGAGAAUGAUGUGGACGGGACUCCAGGCUCAGACGAUCUUGACGGCGACCAAAACAACUCCCGUACCGUUCUUCGCACUCUACAUGUCGAGCUGGAAAGCUCAUCCGCUACGGUGAAUCGCCAUGACAGCGCCAUUGUUCGAGAUUUCGAGCAUCCUGCCAACCCGUUGACUUCAUCACAAGACUUCGGAAGCAUGCUCCCCAACUAUGCCUCUCACGACGCCAACAUGGCGGAAAAGCUCCGCGUCGUCGUCUACGUCAAUAAGCCCUUCAUCUUUGCCUUUCUCUUCCGCCUCCGCACCGACUCCCUGGCCUGGGAUACCCUUUACCGCUCCCUGCACUAUCAGCUCUCUCCGCUGAGGAAGCCCCUCUUGGCAUCAACCAAGUACCGUCCCGAGCGCCCAGACGCCGGCCCUGUGUCAUCCCACAUCCAAGACCUCGUAUGGGAUCCGCCCUCGCUCACCGUGCACUGCUCCAUCCCCAACAUUCCCGACUUCUUCCCCGACCCGGCCGCUGCAGCUUCACCGUCUCCUUCGCCAACGUGGUCCCGAGCGGAUGCCGUAAGUACACACCUCCAUCUGCUCAACGUCUACGCCGCGACGCGCUCCCGCAUCACCGACCUCGAGCGCACGCAAAAGACGAAUCGCGGAUGGUGGAUCGUCUGGACGAGGGUCCUCCAGCGCACCGCCGCCACCCCUUCCACAACCCACACUGCCACGGCGGCACUGCCGCUCUCCACCAUCCACGAGUCCCGCUCGUCAUCAUCCCUGAACUCGACUUCACAAGCAAGCAACCAUGAAAAAGAAGAAGAAGAAGCUGGCCUCGAAAACAAAGCCGCUUCAUCCCACCACUCGUCCUCCUCUUCUACAUCCACCUACUCACCUCCCCCCAUCGUCGACAAGGAAAUAUUCCUCAUCCGCCGCGCAAGUGACCACAUUGGCUUUCGCAUUGCCUCCGACGAGGGAGCUUCCGGGGGUGGAGAAGGUAUGGGCCGGUUGGCGCAGGGGAUCGGCGUCGAUACGAGGCGAUAUAUCGAAGAGCUGUUGACCCUGUUGUGAAGAGAAAAUCCCC